AACUGACAUACUAAUAUUUGACCUCGCGCACACACUCUCUCUAUCUCAUAAACCAGAGGUUUUGAGAGCUGAAAUUGGAGAAAAAUGAAGACUUUGAUUGCCCUAUGUUUCUUUCUUCUUCUCUCUCCUCUUUCUUCAUCGACUCUUCUUCCCAUCCCAAAUUUGCCUUCAAUUCAAGCCGAGAAGCUGAUCAGAGAGCUCAAUUUGUUUCCCAAGGACCCAAUCAACAUCGUCGAUCGCGAUGAAUCUGAGCCGGCCCGUCCCAGCCUUGUGGAGAAGCGCUUCAAGUUCCCCAAUUUGCCUGGCCCUUUCGUCCCCGCCGAAGACCUAGGUCACUUUGCUGGCUACUAUAAGAUUCAGCAUUCUCAUGCUGCUAGGAUGUUCUAUUUUUUCUUUGAAUCACGCAACAGCAACGAGGACCCUGUUGUCAUUUGGUUGACUGGAGGACCAGGCUGUAGCAGCGAGUUGGCUAUGUUCUAUGAAAAUGGGCCUUUCACUAUUGCAAAAAACAUGUCUCUUGUAUGGAAUGAGUAUGGUUGGGACAUGGCAUCGAACCUUCUGUAUGUGGAUCAACCCAUUGGGACUGGCUUUAGUUACAGCUCUGAUAAACGUGACAUUCGACACAAUGAAAAUGGUGUCAGUAAUGACCUAUACGACUUCUUACAAGCCUUCUUUGCAGAGCAUCCCGAGUUCACAAAGAACGACUUCUACAUAACUGGAGAGUCCUAUGCCGGGCACUAUAUACCUGCUUUUGCUGCGCGAGUCCACCAAGGAAACAAAGCUGAAGAGGGGAUUCACAUAAACCUGAAGGGAUUUGCCAUUGGUAAUGGUCUUACUAAUCCUGCAAUUCAGUACAAAGCAUACACGGAUUAUGCGUUGGACAUGGGGAUUAUUAAGCAAUCUCAGUAUAAACGCAUCAACAAGAAGCUUCCUGCAUGUGAAGCGGCAAUAAAGCUUUGUGGGACUGAUGGUACAAUCUCUUGUCUGGCUUCAUACUAUGUUUGCAAUACCAUAUUCGAUAGCAUCAUGUCAAUUGCUGGUGACAUGAACUACUACGACAUUAGAAAGAAGUGUGUAGGAAGCCUUUGCUAUGACUUCUCAAACAUGGAGGAAUUUCUGAACCUGAAAACUGUUAGGGAUGCUCUCGAAGUGGGGGACAUAGAGUUUGUUUCUUGUAGCACUACUGUGUAUCAGGCCAUGCUUGUGGACUGGAUGAGGAACCUUGAAGUCGGCAUUCCUGCUCUUCUUGAGGAUGGAAUUCAGUUGCUUGUAUAUGCUGGAGAAUAUGAUCUUAUCUGCAACUGGCUCGGCAAUUCAAGGUGGGUUAAUGCCAUGGAAUGGACUGGUCAGAAAGAGUUUGUAGCAUCUCAAGAAGUUCCUUUUGAAGUUGAUGGUUCCAAAGCAGGAUUAUUGAAGAGCCAUGGGCCUCUCAGUUUCCUCAAGGUCCACGACGCUGGUCACAUGGUUCCAAUGGAUCAGCCUAAAGCUGCACUAGAGAUGCUAAAGAGGUGGACACAUGGCUCACUUUCAGGAGCCACGGCUGAGCCUGAAAACCUGGUGUCUGCAAUGUGAUUUCUAUGUUGUUUUUUCUAGACUCUCACUGACUAUGUUUGUAAAUAAAUGGCAGCAAAGAUCUUUUCUUUCCAUGUUAUCAAAUAGAUCCUAACAUACUACGUUGUCUCGCUGGUGUUUUUAAAAUAAUGACGACUGCAAUGAACUAUAAAGAGAAUUUCUCCUUCA